AUGCAUCAAACACUGACCACUGUGAAUAGAAAAUCAAGGUCGCUGUCGUCAGUCACUUCACAGUCACAGUCACAGUCACAGUCACAAUCGACCUCAGCUUCAACUGGCAAUUCAUCGGUGUCUUCCAAAACAUCAUCAUCACGUAUGCUCGCACUGUCGCAACCAACAUCAUUUCAUCAUCAUUACCACUUGAAUGGCAAAAAUGGGGCCACUAACAACAGUAGUGGGCACGUUGAGUCUGCUGGUGAUAGGAGAGGCCCAGUUGCAAAUGUGAAUAACAGGGUGUCUUUGGAAACACCACCAGUUGAACACCACCAUCAUUAUCAUCAUCACCACCACCAUCAUCCACAACCAUCGUCCAUUUUUCCCAAUUCCUCGAGUUUACGUGAUAUUUUAUCACUUGUUUUUGUUACAUUGUCGUUACCUCAAUCCAUUUCAUUGCUUAUUUGCAUCUUGUAUCUAGUUUUGGGCUCAAAUUUCAUGGGAGGCAAGUUCCUAAUCAAUUUUAUGCUUCCAAAUUCUCAGAAACCAGUUUUUAAAGGAAUAAAAAAUAUAUCUUCUUCAGCAAUAAAAGUUAUCUUAAUUGAUUCCAUUGUUUAUUUGACUUUAGUGAGAUUUAUCAAGAAAAAGAGUUAUUUCAAUUAUUUGAUUAUGUUGUCGAAAUCAAUAGUAUCGAGUGAGUUGAUUGGAGCUUCAUCGAUAUAUUAUAUCAACUCCAUAUCAAAUAAGAAAAUUACUAGCAAGAUCCAAUAUGAUGAUAGAAGACGAAGUUUUUUCAACAGUAGUCUAAUGAAUGCUAUAUUUUGCUUUAUAAUCAUCAAUUAUAUUAAUUAUUUGUUGAAUUGGUUUCAAUUUGCAUCAGUAUCUAUCUAUCCAUCAACAACUACAACAAAUACCACCAUGACAACAACUACAACUUCAACCCCAAUAGCAUCUUUAAAAUCAUUUAACAAUCUUGCAUCCAGGAUCAUACCAAUUAAUAUAUCAUAUAUAAACAAUUUGAAUUUCAGUGAGUACAAGAUUCAAUUAUAUUUGUUCUUAUCGAUUCAUAUUAUUAAUCGUGCAUUAUUUACCCGGAAAUCAACAAUUGUACAAAACUCAGUACCCAGUAUCAAUGAAGAGAUAUCGGUGAAUGUUGAUGAGAAUAGAUUGAUGGAUAUCAAAGUUGACUUGAGUCAAACGUCAACAAAGAAUAAUUGGAAUACCAUUGCUUAUAAAAACUUUGAAAAUUUUGUUGUUUCUCCAUUCAAUAGUAAAUUGAUCAAUUUAAAGAAUAGAAUGAGAGCAGCAUCUUUGUCGAAACCAAAAUUGGGCUCCUCAGGAGUAGCAAGUUUGACUCCGUACUCAUUGGGAACAUCACCAAGUGCUGCUGUAACCACACCCACAUCCAUAGCCACAUCCGCAGCAACUUCUUCUUCAGUUGCACCGUCUUCGACACAUGCUUCAUCCACGCCAACAUCGAUCACCACUUCAUCCAAAAUGACUCCAGUGUCAAAAUCCUUAACCACAACCACAAUUUCACCAAAUGUUACAGUUGUGGAAAAUACAAUCAUCAUCCAGCCAUUUUGGUCGAUUGUAGCUGCAUGCAAGGCAAUUUUAAAGAAUCCAAACUUGUUUAACGGAGAACCAACACGAAAAAAUGCUGAUACAGGUGUUAGUGAUACUGCCGACGUUGAAAGGAAGGAAUUGCCGAUUGCUGUUGUUGCCAUUGAUUCAAGUAAAGUAGUUUUGAAAUUAUUGUUCAAUGAAGUCGUUAAAAGUUUAAAGGUUAAGUUGAAUAACGUCAACUGGUCUUAUUUCAAAUUGGGUGAAGAGUCGGGUACACGUUAUAUCACGAUUUAUGGAUUGACUCCUUUAUUUCAAUAUGAGGUGGAGAUUUUGGAUGGUGAUGUAUUGCUUAAUCAUUUUUUAAUCAAUACCACUAAUGGCAAUGAUCAAAUUAUCAAUAAAUCUAGUGGAGAAACAUCAUCGCUCGUUACUUUACAAACUUCAUUAACUUCAACAAUGACAAAUUUGAACAAUCUCAAACUUAAGUUGAAGAAAUUCAAAAAGGAUGAAAAUAAAAAAGUUUCCGAUUUGAAAAAUUCCAUUGAUGUUGUUAAAAACAAAAUAUCCAAAUACAACAAUGCUAAACCAGUGAAUGAAAAUCGUGUUUAUGGUAAAAUCCAGGGAUUGAAGCAUUCGGUAUUACAAUUGGAGAAUGAAAUUGAUUGUAUUCGAUUAGAAAUUGAUUCAUUAGCUCAAGAAGAAGAAUCAUUACAACACCAAUCAAAACAAAAGCAGGAUUUUCAACUUGAAGAAAUCAAACAAUUGGAAUUAGAGUACACACAAUAUGAAUCUCGUCUUAAGGAUUAUAAAUCAAAUUUGAUCAAACUACAACAAGAGCAAACUAAUUUAUCCGCCAAAUAUCAAAAACUAUUAUCUCGUCAUGAUGCUAAACAAGAAGAAUUGAAAUCGAUACAAUUGGAAUUGAAGAAUUUAAAAAAGGGGGAAAUUUUGAAUAAGUUUGCUAAACGGAUUAAAAAGACAAAUGAGAAAUUUGAUACUAUAAUACCUCGGAUAUUGCAUGAAACUGAAUUAUUGAAACAAGAAUGUGCUGAAAUAAUGGAUGAAUAG